AUGACUCAUGAACUUCACUUGAGCUCCAAUUUUGAAAGUUCCAAGAAUAAGAGUCUUGCUCUUAAGGCCCAAGACUUAGAGGAAUCAGAAGCUGAUGAGGAAGAGAUGGCAAUUCUAGUUAGAAAGUUCAAAAGGAUGAUGAACUACAAGAAGUUUGAUAGGAACAAGAAGUUUACAAGUUCCAGAAACACAACUUGUUUCAAAUGUGGGUCUAAAGAUCACUUCAUCAAAUAUUUUCCUCAACCAGAUGGUGAGAAAGGAAAGACUAAGGGCAAGGAGCAAUCUAAGGAGUCAAGAGUCUAUAAGCCUUACUUCACCAAGGACAAUGUGAAGAAAGCCAUGUUAGCUGCCUGGGGAGAUUCUGAUUCAGAGGAAAAGGAAGAUCAACCGUCAGAAGAAACUGCUCAUCUAUGA